AUGUUCUAUGAUGGAGAUUUGUCGAGUGCCAUAUCAACGGCUCUUCAGGAAAGAAAAGCUGUUCUAUGCUUUGUAUAUGAUAACAGCACAGAAGCCAGCAGGGAGUGGGAGACUGUCUUGAGGGAUCCCUCUAUAUCCCUGGCAAUAUCCUCCCAAACUGUUGCGGUACGACUCAAUAAGGGCUCUGAAGAAGCCGGCUUCCUUGAUUCAAUCUGUCCGAUCACCAGCACGCCUGCAAUCAUUGUGAUCAAGGAUGCGCGAGUACACGAAAACCUUCAGUCCGCAGACGUACCUACCGAGCAGUUGAAGUCUCGCUUGGCUUCAGCUUUUGGUGUACAACAAGAUGGAGGAGCAGGGACUUUUCAGGAGCCCCAGUCACGGCAGUCUGAACCAGAAGACGAAUCCUCUGAAUACCUCCACCUUGAACCCGCCUCUGGGGAUUCGAACAACGCCUAUGAAGCCCUGCGAAAGCGUACGCAAGAACUCCUGGACGACGGCAAAUCUCUGGAGGAGAUUUUCCAGGCUCAAUUGGCACUCCUUAACAACAGCCCCCUCCUCCAUGCCGAGGUGGAACGGUUGCGAGGGGAUGGAUCGGUCAAAGAACUGUCGGAGUCUGCUAGGUUAAGACUUCUCCAGCUCCCGGCUGAUGCCAUCAGACUUCCGAUAGAGGAUGACCCUGCUCUGACACAGUCAAUUCCCUCUGAACCUCGUCAACCUGUGCCAUCAAGCCCCGUAGCAAAUCCACCGGCUCCUGUGCCCGCGGGAGAACAGGUUUACACGACGCAGAACCGUGUGAUUACGUCGCCUCCCCCUCCACCAGCACCGCGAAGGCAAGCCGAACCUCCAGCUCCAGCCCACGCCCUGCCACCGUCAGGCCCUAGUACGGAAUUGAGCGAUAAACAAAAGGCCCAAAGGGCAGAAUACAUCAAAAUGCAACGAGAUCGCGAACAGAAACAACGGGAUGAGCGCGAAAGGAUCAAAGCCCAGAUCAAGGCGGAUCGGGAAGAGAGGCGGUUGAUGGAUGAGAUGAGGAAACAAGGUCAAACUCAGGAGAAUUCAAGUACGUCUUCAUAUGCACGAUCAAGGACAUCGAUAGCGAACGCUCGAGGGGAUGUGAGAGUCCAAGUCCGCACCUUCGACGGUUCAACCUUGCGCAACACAUUCCCUCCGACCUCAACCAUCACCAAAGAUAUUCGCCCCUGGAUUGACUCUGCCACCUCAACCUCUUCACCCAAUAGAACAAGCGGCGUGCCAUACAAUCUCAAACUCAUCCUGACGCCCCUUCCCAAUCGCACCAUUGAAGCGGGAGAGGAAGACACUGAGCUCUUCGACCUGGGCAUCGUGGGAAGUUGCACUUUGGUCAUGGUUCCGGUAAAAGGAUACGUCGACUCGUACGCUUCCGGCGGCAUGGGGCUGGGGGGUGGAUUGCUGGGGGGAGUCGUGUCAGGAGGCUACAACCUGGUCAGCGGGACGGCAGGCAUGGUCUUUGGCGGUGUACGAUCAUUGCUGGGCUAUGGCCCGGGAAAUGCAGACCAGACAGCGCCCACAAGCGGUGGCACUGAGAACACGAGCCAGCCUCCUGGGGCCGGGAACAGCGUCCGGAUCCGCACACUGGCUGAUCAACGCGCCGAAGACGCCGCGAAGAGGGACCAGCAAUUUUACAAUGGCAACCAGCUCAAUUUCCAGCCCAACGACGAGGACCACAAGAAAGACUGA